UGUAAAAACACGGGAUUUAGGAGAGGAGGGCUCUCUUCCCAUGCCAUGAUAUCACGCCCUAUCUUUUACUGAGAAGCCUCCUGAUCCUGUUCACACGGCUCUCUCUGUAAUAAAUCAACAGCGAGGUGAGCCGGACUCGAUGGCCCAGAAGGUGGUGGUGAUCACAGGCUGUUCCUCAGGAAUAGGCCUGAGUCUGGCUGUACGGCUGGCCUCAAACCCGGACAAGACAUACAAAGUCUAUGCUACCAUGAGAAACCUAGCUAAGCGGGAGCGUCUGCUGGAGUGUGUGAAGAAUUUGCACAGAAACACUUUGGAAAUCCUGCAAAUGGAUGUGACUGACCAGCAGUCCAUCCUGGAUGCCAGAGACAGGGUGGCAGAGAAGCGAGUAGACAUCCUGGUGUGCAACGCCGGCACAGGGCUAAUGGGGCCACUGGAGGUCCAGUCCCUGGACACUAUGAGACAGAUCCUGGAGGUCAACCUCCUGGGAACCAUCCAGACCAUCCAGGCUUUUCUACCUGGGAUGAAGGCCCAAGGCCAGGGUCGUAUUCUGGUCACAGGCAGCAUUGGAGGCCUUCAUGGUCUUCCCUUUAAUGAGGUGUACUGUGCAAGUAAGUUUGCAAUAGAGGGAGCGUGUGAGAGUCUGGCCAUCCUCCUGCAGCACUUCAACAUCCAUGUGAGUCUCAUCGAGUGUGGCCCAGUCAACACUGACUUCAUGAGUAACCUGCAGAGGGCAGAGCUCGGGGACCAGGCUCUCCACCAGGUGGAUGUGCGCACAGUUGGAUACUAUGAAAAAUACCUUCAGCACUGUGUGUCUGUUUUCCAAGAUGCAGCACAGGACACUGAGGAGAUUACGGAGGUGUUUCUGGAAGCGAUCCAGUCAUCCAGCCCUGCAUUCAGAUACUACACCAAAGGUGCCUUGCCGCCCCUCACCAGACUGAAGAUCAUAUCACCAGAUGGAUCCCAGUACAUCAGGACUCUGAGCAAACUAAUCUUCUCAUCUCAUCCCAAAGAGGAAAAAUGACCGUCGCUACACAGAAACUGACACCAAUUGUAUGCUUCCCCUCUAUUGGAAGUCAGAAGGUCACUGAACACGUGAAAACCUAGGGUCGUGAGAUAGGAGAGGCUGCUUUUAA